UGCCCCACGCAGGCCCCCCCGGAGGCAGGAUGCAGAAGGACCCCAGCGGGUACCAGGAUGCAGCCACAGCAGCGGCCGGUGACAGGCUGGGUGCUGAGGGGCCAGAGACGCAGCUGGAUGACUUUGUGGGUGCUCACCCCGACUACAACGAGGAGGAGGAGGAGCACAAGUUCUUCCGCCGCAAGCGCCUGGGGGUCAUCAAGAACGUGUUGGCCACCAGCCUGGCCGGGACCCUCACCUAUGGGGUGUACCUGGGCCUGCUGCAGAUGCAGCUGAUCCUGCACUACGAUGAGACGUACCGGGAGGUGAAGUACAGCAACAUCCAACUGGAGGACAUCGACCGCAAGGUGUUGAUGGGCAUCAACGUCACCCCCAUUGCAGCGCUGCUCUAUACCCCCGUCCUCAUCAGGUUCUUCGGCAUCAAGUGGGCCAUGUUCCUCGCGGUGGGGAUCUACGCCUUCUUCGUCUCCAGCAACUACUGGGAGCGCUACUACACGUUGGUGCCCUCCGCCGUGGCCAUCGGGGUGGCCAUCGUGCCCCUCUGGGCUUCCAUGGGCAACUACAUCACCAGGAUGGCCCAGAAGUACCACGAGCACGUCAACUACAAGGAGGAGCAGCGGGCACCACGAGGGGCCAGUGAUGCCUACAUCAUCGUCUUCCACACCAUCUUCUAUGCCUUCUUCCACUUGAGCUUCGUCUGCGCCCAGAUGCCCAUGCUCUUCUUCCUCAACAACUACCUCUACCAGCUCAACCACACGCUCUUUGGGGUCAAGCACUGCGGGACCCUGAGCCACGGCACCCUGCCUGGCUUCAACACCACAGUGCUGCAGAGCCUGCCCCGCAGCGUCAACCUCAUCGUGGUGGACAGCGUGCUGAUGGCGGCCGCCUUCCUCGCCAUGCUGGUGGUCCUGGUGCUCUGUGGGGCAGCCUAUCGACCCACGGAGGAGAUCGACCUGCGCAGCAUCGGCUGGGGGAACAUCUUCCAGCUGCCCUUCAAGCACAUGAGGGACUAUCGCCUGCGCCACCUCUUCCCCAUCUUCAUCUACAGCGGCUUUGAGGUGCUCUUUGUCUGCACCGGCUUCUCCCUGGUAGGGACGGAUGGGGACAGAGGGGAGGUGACAAAGCAGGGACAACAAGUGACGUUGAGCCCGUUCUCCCUGCAGAACUACGGUGUGUGUGCGCUGGGGCUGGAGAAGCUGGCCUACCUCCUCAUGGCCUAUGGGCUGUCUGCCUCGGCCUGCUCCAGCCUGGCACUGUGCAUGCUGCGCCUGCAGCGGCACAUCCCGCUGCUGGCUGGAGCCUUCAUCCACGCUGCCCUCCUGGUGACGCUGUUCUGCUGGGCACCAGAGCCCCGGCUCGUGGGCCAGGCUCCUCUGCUCUACACCAUCGCCGCGCUCUGGGGCACAGGGAGCGCCCUCAACAAGACCAGCAUCAGCAUCCUCCUGGGCAUGUUGUACAAGAACAAGGAGCGCCAAGACUUCAUCUUCACCAUCUACCACUGGUGGCAAGCCCUGGCUAUCUUCACCGUCUACCUGUGGUCAGAGCUACCCAUGAAGGCCAAGCUCUCCAUCCUGCUGGCGACGCUGGUGGUGGCGGUGGGCGCGUACCUGCGGAUGGAGCAGCAGCUGGGGCAGCGCGUGGAGUACCGCCUGCCCCGCAUCCCGCGCCCGCGCCACCGCAUGCGCGGCUACCGCUACCUGGAGGAGGACGGCUCGGACCAGACGGGCUCCGAGGGCGAUGGGGAGGAGCAGGAGGAGCGCCCAGCACAGGCCAGCAGCACUGAGGAGCUGCCCCGAGGGGAGGAGGAGCAGCGGGGUUAG